UCAGCCAGGAAAUGAUAAUCAAAACCAAAACGAUUGGAAUUUUUCUAUACUUGUGAUGAUAAUGAACUUUUUCCAUUUAUUUCAUCAUUUUUUUUUCAUUUAUGGCAUUUGCUUCGAUUAUGGGAAAAAUUUACAAUUUUAGAAUCAUCGUCUAUGGUCAUCUCAUUAUUGAAAGUUCAUCCAGAUAAUUCAAAGUUCACAACAUUGUGUAGAAGAAUUAUUAUAUCAACAGGCAAACUGGUGAUGGUCAAUGACCGUUAAUGAAUAAUUAUAGACCAUUUUCGUCAUGGUUGACCCAAGACAAGGACGACCCAAGUAAUUUAGCCUCAAGGGCCAUCGGAAAAAGGUCAAGCAAAAGAUAAUGGCUAAUUUCAUCGACAACAACAACCGAAAAAAGAACCCAAACGAAACUAGACAGUCCAAGUCUGAAGAAUUCGUUCCAGUCAGAUUUAUUAUCACUUUACAUUUUGGCCAAUGGCCGCCGAAUAGUCGUCGAUCGGUCAAUAUGUCUGGGAAGAUGGUGAACGUUGAUCACGUUGGAUCAUCAAAUUUGAAAUGUAUCAAUAUCGAAUUCUUAUAACAUUAUUAUUAUUGGCCGGAUAUUGGCCCAAUAGUUCGAAUGGAUUUUUCUGGCCAUUUACAGCAUUAUUCGGUAAAUCAUCAUCAGUAUCACCUGCUACACAAACGGGACCACUAUCGGAAAUUAUAUUACGGCCAUACAUUGCUGGUGAUUCACAAACAACAGAUCUAACUGCGUUAUCAUCAUCAUCAUCUAGUUUGAUUGGUCAACAAUCAAAUCUACUUGGUUCGGAUAUUGUGCCAUUACAAACACAACAACUUCCUCAAUCAAAUUAUGGUUAUGUUAAUCUGGAUGGUUCAACCGGUACCUAUAGCAGCAGCAGUAGCCAACAGCAGGAACAAUUAUUUCUGCCACAUCAACAACAACAACAACAACAACAACAGAUAGAACAAAUUCCGUUGGAUCAAACUGUUUCGAUCAUUCCUAAUGAUCCACAAUUACAACAACAAUAUUCUCAACAACCAUCAUCUGAACAACAGCCAUCCCUUAGUUCUUAUCUAUUCAAUCCAGCCAAUCUCUUUGAUUCAAAGCGAUUCUCAUACAUAACUCGAUUCAAACAUCAACGACAGCAGCAACAACAACAACAGCCCACGAUGACAACAUCUUCAACAAAAUAUAUGGCACCAAAUCUGGAUCAAAAUCAAUAUCUGAUUAUCCCGAAACCAGUGCCAUCAACUCAGCCAGUUUCCAACGUGGUUGAACAUCAUUCGCAUAGCCAACAAGAACCACAGACCAAUAAUAUUCAGCCAUCUCAAACACAAUCGACAGUUCAACAACAAAAACUCCCGGCCAACAAUUGGGUUUAUGUAUCACCUGUGAAUAAACUGAAUAGUCAACAACAGCCAAUCAUAUUGGAGGCAUAUUUUCAGGAUCCAUCCCUGCAACAUCAACAAAAUUACCAGGUUGGAUCAAUCAAAGGUAUUAUCAGUAAAACAAGCAAACAACGUGGCAGCAGCAGUAGUAGUAGUAGUAGUGGCACAGGAAGUACAUUAAAAAUUCCUUUACUAUCUUGGCUAUCGGUGUCACCAAGUCAGAUUCAAUUGCCAUUACAAUGGUUCAAAACAAAAUCACAACAGCCUGCUGAACAGAUGAUCGAUGAACAACCACAACAACAGUAUUAUGGUUCGACAAUUCAACAUCAAAAACCUCUUCACGUUUAUGCACCCGGAUUGUCAUCAUCGUUGGCUGGAAGUGGGACAACAUCAAACAGUUAUUUCACUCAACCCCAAUCAGUGAUAAAUAACGGUAAUUCGGCCAUACCAAAACCAACACAAACACUACAAGUUCCGGUUCAAAGCUCGAACCAGCAACAAUCAGCUAAUGGUGGUCAGUCGGUAUGGUCAUCAGGAGCAGAAAUGGCAUCGACAAAUCGGCUACUAACCGGUACUGUACAUUCACCACAACAAUCUUCAGCUUUACAAUUUUGGAUCGAAACCGAUCGUCAACCUGGUCGAGUAAUAUUUCCAAAGCCAACAACAAUAACUAGUAACAACCAGUAUUCUUCACAACAGCCAUAUCAAACGAUUCAAGAUUAUCAACCAAUUAGAACUGGAUCAAUAUCAUCACCACAACCAUCAUCGGCAACCGUAUCACAAGUUGAAUCUAAUCAAGACCUAGGUGGAUGGGAUUCAAUACCGAUGGCUGAUAUUGUCAAACCGGGCCAACAAACAUUGCAGCACGAAAGUAGUGAAACGAUGGAUUCCAACAUUAUGGAAACAAUGAUGCCUUCGGCCUCAUCUGAUCAAUCGAUUGUAAUGAACGAAACUAUUUCCAAUCCACAACAACAGCAACAGAUACGAGAAACAAUUACCGGUCAACAACAGCAGCAACAAUCACAUCGUGUUGCCUAUCAACAACAACAACAACAACAAUCACCACAAGUAAAUUCAACCACAGCCAGCAGCACUACGAAUUCUCGCGCCUUAUAUAAUCAUCCACAAUUUCAAUCCAUCUAUCAAAUGAUCCAACAAUCUCAACAACAGCAGCAACAACAGGAAAAUUCAGUUUCACAAAUAUAAACAUAUAUACACACACACAACUGAAUGAACACAACAAAAAACAACCACAUUUCACUUUGAAAUCAUAAUUUUAUUCACAUUUCCAAAAAAAACUAGAAAAAUACAAACACACAUUGAACUAUUAAUAUAAUCAUGAAUAUAUUUUUGGACAAAAAAAUCACACAUGUCAACUUUGUAUCACUUUUUCGAUUGAUUGAUUGGAUUGAUGAUUGAAAAAUUUAAAAUUUACUUAGUACGUUCAUAGAAUAACAUGUAUGGACUUGUUGCAUCUCUUA